UCUCUCCUUCCUUCCUCCAGAUAAUCUUUUUUCAAGGAAUGACCACUUCAAACCAUUCCUCAGUAACUGAGUUUAUCCUUGAGGGGUUUACAAAUAACCCAGAGCUCCAACUGCCACUUUUCCUCCUGUUCCUUGGAAUAUAUGUGGUCUCAGUGGUGGGGAACCUGGGCACGAUCAUUUUAAUUUCUAUCACUACUCAACCUCACUCUCCAAUGUAUUAUUUUCUCAGUCAUUUGUCAUUUAUUGAUCUCUGUUACUCCUCUAUCAUUACCCCUAAGAUGUUAGUGAACUUUGUGCCAGAAAAGAACAUCAUCUCCUUUCUGCAGUGCAUGGCUCAGCUUUAUUUCUUCCUUAUUUUUGUAAUUGCAGAAGGCUACCUUCUGACCACCAUGGCAUAUGACCACUAUGUUGCUAUCUGUAGCCCACUGCUUUACAAUACCAUCAUGUCCCAUAGAGUCUGUUCCAUAAUGAUGGUUGUGGUAUAUUCACUGGGUUUGUUUGGGGCCACAGUCCAUACCACCCACAUGUCAAUGUUGUUCUUUUGUGAGCCUCAUAUUGUCAGUCACUAUUUUUGUGAUGUUAUUCCUCUGUUGACUCUCUCUUGCUGCAGUACCCACAUCAAUGAGAUUCUGCUCUUUGCUAUUGGAGGCAUUAAUGCCUUAGCACCUACCCUGGCAGUUCUUGUCUCUUAUGCUUUCAUUCUUUCCAGUAUUCUUUGUAUUUGCUCCACUGAGGGGUGUUCCAAAGCCUUUGGCACUUGCAGCUCCCAUCUCAUGGCCGUGGGGAUCUUUUUCGGGUCAAUAAUGUUCAUGUAUUUCAAGCCUUCUUCUAGCAAUACUAUGGAACAGGAGAAAGUAUCCUCAGUGUUUUACACCACAGUGAUUCCCAUGCUGAAUCCCUUGAUCUACAGCCUGAGGAACAAAGCUGUGAAGAGCGCACUGAGGAAUGCAGUUGGGGGAAGGUACUCAUCCUCACAAUGGGGAUUCUCAUAGGAAACAAGAGACAAUGAGCCAAACAAAAAUUUGUGAGCUCUGUUUAAUUUCUUUCCCUUCCAGAGGAAUUUAUUGCUAUUUAU